UUUCAGUUUGUAAAUUCAUACCUAAGUCUUUUCUACAUUGGUUUCUACCUCAAAGACAUGGAACGGCUGAAGGAGCUCCUGCUCAUCUUCUCUCUGUCCCAAAGCCUCGUGCGCCAGCUCAAAGAGGCGCUCCUCCCCUUCAUCCUCCUCCACCUCCACCUCUCCCUCAUCUUCCUUAAGGGCCUCCUGGGCUUUUGCUGGAGACUGGGAGUAUCCAAAAUGCUGGCCACGCUGCUCAUCACACGGCAGUUCCUGCAGAACGUCAAGGAGGUGUCGCAGCCCCACCUGUACCGCCGCCUGCGCCGGGGGGAGCUCAGCCUGCGCAACCUCCGUGAGCUGUCCCACACCAUCCUUCGCCUGCUCGCCCAACCCCGCGCACCCCCGGCUGCCGGAGCCGCACACGAGGGGCCGCGGGGGGAGAAGAAGUGUCUGAAUGGGGGUUGUGGGGUGCCUGAGGAGGAGGAGGAGGAGGAAGAGCGUCGGGAGUCAGAUUCGGAGGAUGAGAGCGCACUGGACUGUGGGCUGAAGCUGAAGAAGGUGAGCUUCAUCGAGAAGGCGGAGCGGCGCGGCACCGAGCCCUGCGGCACCGAGGAGGAGAGCUUCCUGGAGGAGGGCAGCCCCACCAUGGUGGAGAAAGGCAUGGACCCCACGUCCGUCUUCGAGCUGGCUGAUGAUGAGGAGGAUGCUGAAGGCCCCUCGGGCAGCCCGGCCAAAGCAGCGGUGCCGGCCACAGGCCCACGGGUCACGAGGAGGAGGAGGGAGGAAGACGAGGGUGAGGAAGAUGGGCGCAGGCAGAACCGGGCGUCGUGGAUCGAUCCGCCCGAGGAGGACUACUCAACACAGCUGACACAGGCAGAGGUGGAGAGCUGCAUGAAGAAGUAUGAGGACACCUUCCAGGACUACCAGGAGAUGUUCAUCCAGUUUGGCUACGUGGUGCUCUUCUCCUCUGCCUUCCCGUUGGCCGCCAUGUGCGCACUGGUCAACAACAUCAUCGAGAUUCGCAGCGAUGCCUUCAAACUGUGCACAGGGCUGCAGCGACCCUUCGGGCAGCGGGUGGAGAGCAUCGGGCAGUGGCAGAAGGUGAUGGAGGCCAUGGGCGUGUUGGCCAUCGUGGUCAACUGCUACCUGAUCGCGCAGUGCGGGCAGCUGCAGCGGCUCUUCCCUUGGCUCAGCCCCGAGGGAGCCAUCAUCUCGGUGGUGGUGCUGGAGCACUUCGCCCUGCUGCUGAAGUACGUCAUCCAAGUGGCCAUCCCUGACAUCCCCGCGUGGGUGGCCGAGGAGAUGGCCAAGCUGGAGUACCAGCGCCGCGAGGCCUUCAAGAAGCACGAGCGCCAGGCCCAGCACCACUUCCAGCAGCAGCAGCGGCGCAAGCGGGAGGAGGAGGAGCGGCAGCGGCACGCCGAGUACCAGGCGCGCAAGGAGCGCGAGGCCAACCGCGACGAGGCCAAGGCCGAGGCAGCCGGGCAGGACCCGGCCCACGAGAAGAGCCAGAGCAAAGGGAAGGGCUCUGGGGGGUCCUCCGCGCACGGCUCCGACAAGCCCAAGCGGCCCAGCUCGCUGCUGGCCACCAAUAACGUCAUGAAGCUGAAGCAGAUCAUCCCUCUGCAGGGCAAAUUCCUCUCCGGGGGGACCGGGGCAGGCAGCACGGCCGCCAGGUCCCCCCAGUCCCCCACCAGCAGCGAUAACAAACUCCCCGGCUUCCUCAGCUUCAAGUUCCUGAAAUCCCCCGAAACCAAGAGGGACGCGGCCACCGAAAAGGUGCAGUCGCCCACCAAGCCAUUCAACCCCGGCAAGCUCUUCAACUUCGGCAAGUCCGAAGGGACCGGCGGCAACGGGGCCACCGCCUCCCCCCAGCCCCGUGCUGGCCCCUCUGCAGAUGGGGGUGAGCGGCCAGGCCCCAGCAAGUCCCACCUCAAUGGGGCUCCAGAGGAUGGAGCCCGCGAGGAGCCGGAGCCACGAGCAGAGGAGGAGAGCGGGGGUUACAGACUCUGAGCCAGGCAUGCCGGCCCCAUCCCGGCCCCUCCGUCGCAGCCCCUCUGCUGGGACCCCAUCACAACCCCGUGGAGGCCCGGCGGUGCCCUCGGAUGGAGCAUCCCGUCC